CUUUGCCUUCAAAAUAAUUCUUUAUUGGAUUGAAACCACUUCGUCAAGACGCAUACGCAAUACCAUGCAGUCCUGACUGUGUCCAUUGGCUUGUUGAUGCCGUCAACGCUUGUCCACCGCUGGGUGCAGAUUUCGGGCAUCCACUAUGCAAGAUAAAUCUCGUUGAUUCAACUUGCGCAUGCCUUUUGGCAUAGGUUGGUGCAUAUAGUCGUGCAUAUUGUCUUUUAGAUUCCACCCUUUACAAUGGGUGAAGGUUUCUACAGCCAAAAGUCGUGUACAAUGGGCUAAGGAGAAGCUGGCAGAGAGGCCUGAGCCCGAAGAUUGGGAGGAUGUGAGGUUCUCAGAUGAAGCCCACUGGCAAACAGGGCCUGAAGGAAAGCUUAUGAUGGCAAGGAAGAGGGGGGAGAGGUACUGCAAUGACUGCAUACAGCAGAGAGAGGAGAAGGAUGAGCAUGACAAGGAGAUCAAGAAGGUUCAUGCCUGGGCUGCUGUUGGUUACAACUUCAAGAGUGAUCUAGUGUUCUACAAUGUCUCUUCUAACAAUGGGAAGAUGACACAGCGUGCCUAUAUUAACCAAAUCCUUGAGCCUCAUGUCAAGAAGUGGCUUGAAAGGGGUGACCAAUUCACUCUGGAGGAAGAUGGUGACAGUGGCCAUGGCCUCAACAAGUCAAACAUUGUCAAAACCUGGAAGGAUGUCACGAGUAUAUACUGUUCAGCUCCCAGUACCUGUUGUCUACAGUAGCACUGUACCUUUUUGGUCAGUGUAGCGCAGCGGGGCCGACCAUCGCCCAGUAACAACAAGUUGACAACACCUCUUUCUUUACAGACAUAACCAAAAGUAAGCAGGCAGAGAAAUUGAUCACUUAUCUUCUUACUAGGUUCUCAAUAGCAGUCUUAAAGACUUUUAAUAUAUUAGAGUUUAUGGAGCAGCAGUUUCAUGUAAUAUUUUGCAGGGUAUGCCGGGAUAGGACUGUAAGCAUCUCCAGCAGAUAGCUACAGUAGACAACUUCGGACAGAUGGACGCACUACCAUGAGGCUCUCUUGGGUAUCAUGCGUUGCAUGUUGCCUGACAUAUGCUGCCAAGAUGGGUUGCACGUGGCGGUGCAUGCAUGAGU